UUGAGUGUAACUAACACCAGCUCAUCAUAGUUUCAGGGGACAGAGUUCAUUCCAUUCCAGGACUAUUAAUAUAGCCAACUAUUUAUACUGCUGCGUCCCUACAGCACUAAAGCAGAGCACUACAGCUGCAGAGCUAAAACGGAAUAAAAUGUCAACCACCAAGGAGAAAGCGAUCAUGCUAGAGACUGAAAGAAGAGACAGUGAAAAGACAGAGUAAGAGAAUCUUCACAGAUCCUGCCUGGUACCGCUGGGUUAGCUGAUCUUCAUAGCUCUCUGAUAUCUUCAGCCUGAAAACAGAACUAGUCAAUAAUCUUACUACAGGAAAAUGAAGCUAUUCUGAGAGGCUGCCAGAAAUACACGCUCAGCGAAGAUUCUGGCAGAGGGAUAGAGAACUGAGCUAACCUGAAAGGAAGAUUUGGGGUCUCCAACUGCCUUGUUACCUGCUCUGAUCAGAUGAUGGAGAGCUCAGGAGGGCCGUAUUUGAACACAGCAGCAGUGGCAUCCCCGGUGGGAAUAGCCCGUUUGUUGCAAGUGGCGUUUGGAUGUACUACGUUCAGCCUGGUGGCCCAUCAGGGGGGAUUCAGUGCAGCCUAUGGCACCUUCUGCAUGUUCGUCUGGUGUUUCUGUUUUGCUGUCACCAUCUUUAUAAUAACCUGUGAGUUCACUCGUCUCCACAGCUGCCUGAGCAUCUCCUGGGGAAAUUUCACAGCUGCUUUUGCCAUGCUGGCCACACUCAUGUCCAUCACUGCGGCUGUGAUCUACCCGCUCUAUUUUGCCCAGUUUGGCUGUUAUUCCAUCAGUUGCAAGGUGAGAGAUUUCCGCAUAGCAGCCAGUGUCUUUGCAGGGCUCAUGUUCAUUGCUUAUGCUGUGGAGGUGUUUCUAACCAGAGCCAAGCCAGGACAGGUGACCAACUACAUGGCCACAGUAUCUGGCCUCUUGAAAAUUGUCCAGGCCUUUGUGGCCUGCAUCAUCUUUGGGGCACUGGUAAAUGACAGUCAGUACACCAAUUAUGUGGCUACCCAAUGGUGUGUGGCUGUCUAUGGCUUCUGCUUUGUGGUGACAGUGGUGGUAGUGGCCUUCAAUGUCACGGGAAGGACAGCAAUGCUGCGGUGCCCCUUUGAGCGCUUUGUGGUCAUUUACACAUUCAUGGCUGUCCUCAUGUAUGUGAGUGCAGCAGUGAUCUGGCCAGUAUUCUGCUUUGAUAGUAAGUAUGGGUCCCCAUGGCGCCCCUACCAGUGCUCCCAGGGCAAAUGCCCCUGGGACAGCCAACUGGUGAUUGCUAUAUUUACUUAUGUGAACCUGGUGCUUUACAUUGUGGACUUGGCAUACUCUCAACGCAUCCGCUUUGUCUCACACCCUUAAAUUCCAAUGCUGCCCCUGCAAAGCCAUCAGGGCUCAAGCAACAACAGAGUUGUUGGAGACAGGGGUUACAGAAAGUAGCUGCUGAGCCAGACAUACCAAUAAAUGUAACAAACUUCAAGGUUAAGACUGGACCAGUAAAUGAACAAGAUGUAAUGGGUGGACAGCAGAUGAGUCUGGAAAGAAGACAACAACCUUUCUUACCCUUCAACAUUUGCUUCAUCCCUUCUGUAUAGGGGAAAGGAAUAGCAUAGCAAACUGGAUAGUAUCCUUGCAUCUCCACCAAACACCCUCUCUGGUCUCCUAUAGCAUGGCUCAGGAUUUCAGGGUUACACCCAAUGGAAACUGCUCUUCAUCCAAAGGAAUUCCCAGUCCAGCAAGAAACCAAAGCAGUUUGUUUUUAUUCAGAUACUUGUGCAGAAUGUGUGUGAAUCUAAUAGGAGGUCAGAUUAGAAGCCACAAAUAAAAAUGACACAUUGUCAAAAGUAACUGUGUUUAACUGGAAAUAAAGUCACAGGGUAACCUUACAAUGCAGAUCCAUACACGCCCACCUUCCCCUCCCCAGAUACAGACUCCCCAACGUUACCUUUCCCACCAAAAAUACACCAGCAGACACUCCUCUUCUAUUUCCCCCCCAACACAGAUUUCUAUGCAUACCUUCCCCCCGCUCCCAAAAAAGCACAGCCUAUGGUUUAUAUUGUAAUGUAUAAAGUGUGCGCUAACAUAACUUAGGGUGGAUGUACAAAAUCUAAUAGUCAAGUCCACUGAGCACCAUGUUCUGUACCAGGGUCUCUAAAGAUCCCAGCUGUGUUCUCUCUCUCAGAAGAAGGUGCAAUCUGGAAGGAAGGAACCAUUUCACAGUGUCUCAAUGUAUAUCAUGGAGUUUGGGCAGCUAAAGAAAAACUAUAUGGGAGAUGUUGGGUGAUUCUGCUGCUCUCUCUCCAGGUUAGAAGCAACCAUUUUGGCUACGAACCCCAGGGACAAGCUUUAUCAAGCCCAAGACAGAGAGCUGCUCCCACAGUCAAACAAGAAAAUGCAUGAAAGACCUUUCCCAAAAGGGUUUUCACCACACUAGGGAGCAAUAGACAAAAGCCUUCCAGGGGAUUUUCCUCCUGCACAGAUUCCCAUCUUGGACAGGAGCUCUAAAAGAGAAUGAGUGGCUCUAUCGGAAGGCACCCAGCUACAUGGAGCCAGCCAGCUCAAUGGGACAGUAGUAAUAGAAAGAGACCAAAACUAUGUAGUGUGACAGUACCAGAUAAC